AUGGAAAGUCCGUACGUUAUUCUCGGAGUGUCUCCAGACGCUUCCCCCGAGCAGAUCAAGCUCGCAUGGCGCAAGCUGUCCCUCAAACACCACCCCGAUAAAGCUAAAGCUGAAGAUCGCGAGGCGGCUAACAAGAAGAUGCAGCAGAUCAACGAAGCAUACGACGCUGUCAAAGAUGGUGGCCAGGCGAAUAAACUUGAAGAAGAUCUCCGCGAAGCCCAGGAACGCUUCGCUAAUCUGCGUCGACAGCAGGAAGAAGAAGAGCGUCGACGAUAUCGUCCGGCACCCGAGUCGAAGUACAAUGAGUAUCACUCCCGCUCUGCUGGACAGAGCUACAGUGAGUCAACUUACACUUCAGGAGAUCACCGCUCCACCAAGCAGGACCGUGGCCGCAGCUACAGGUACACUCCCGCAGACACGUAUGCUGGGUAUGAACAGAAGCCACGCUAUGAAACUCAUGCUCCUCGCCAUCAAAGUGAUAGGGAAGCUGGUUAUGAACAGAUGCCACACUACGAAACACAUGCACCUCGAUUCGAGGCUGACACAGAAGCCGGGUACGAACAGAGGCCUCGUUACGAGACACGUGCUCCUCGAUUUGAGGCUGAAUCAGAGUUCGACAGGCAAGACUCGGGGCACGGGUUUCGCUCCAAGUACGAAACGCAUGCGCCUCGGUACGAAUACCACGCUCCGAGAUAUGAGGAAUGUAGACCUCGCUACGAGGAACGGAGGCCUAAGCAUAACGAAUCUCACUACGGUCAAUCCGCUACAGCCGGCUCCGGUUGCGAACGGAAGGAACGUCGACCAUCCCACGCAGAAUCCAGACCCCGAUAUGAGGAGCACGGGCCCCGAUAUGAGGAACGCAAGCCCCGAAAUGAAGAACAUAAGCCGAGAGCCCAAGAGCGGACUCCGCAGCAGGACUCGUCGCGCUCUGCACCGAAAAAGAACAAGAGCCGGUUCGUAUUUGUCAGGGCCCGUCCAAAAGAUUCGGAAUCGUUCAAAUCCCGCUCUUCCGCGCAGUCGAGCCAGGAACGAACAUGGUCCUCACGAGACGCGUACGAGAGGCUAAAGGAUCUCCACAACGAUGUUCUCCAUCACUACGAAGACCUCACUGAUCGGUAUACAGAUCUGUCGGAGGAAACGAAACUCGACCUUCGGGGCGGUGGCAAGAUGGCUAUAGCGUGUGUGGUCGCUCGCGCUGUGCUUUGUCCUUAUUUGCCGAAGGCGCUUGAUGUCAUCAAUGAUGACUGGCUCAAGGAGAGCAUCCGAGCCCAAAAGAUGUUGGAGACCAUCCAGAUGCGCAUGUCACGCAGUGAGGGCGUUGGUAAGCAUCUGGAGCAUGCGGAGAAGGCUCUCAAUACAGCACGCGAGGAGGUUGAGAAAAUGGAGAGAAUCAUCAGGAGUCUUAGAGACAUCGAAGACCAACAAAGUAGAAGCGGAGAGUCGAUGCGUGGUGGUCAAAGAGAGAGCCAGCUCGAAGCAAUGGAGGAGAUUUGGGAUAAACUUAUCGGCGAGCUAGGUCCGAGCCAGGACCUCGUAAAGGACCUACCGAGAGCCCUUGAGAGGGCGUUGAGGAGGAGUCGAAGAUAA